AUGUCCGCGGUAGAGAAGUUCGAGUUACAAAAAGACCGGGUCACGAAAAUGUCUGCCACCCAACGAACUGUAACUGUGACUGACUUUGGACUGCAAAUUAUUGCAUCAGUUCUUACUUCGCUUGUGGUCUGCUUUGCAUGGACUGCUAACAGUGUGGGCGUUGGUGCAACCCUAAAUGCAUUCUUCCAGCUGUGCGCAACUCCCGGAUGGUGCGUACUCGUUGCCUUAACAACUGCAUAUUUUCCAACAAGCCACAGGGGAACGGCUGCUGGGCUGAUGGUAACCGUGGCAACAGCUGGUGGCUUGAUCGGUAUUGGUAUCAUGGGAAGUCUUUCAUUUGAUGUUAGCGAAGCAAUAAGAAUUGUUCUGACAGUACUUUUGCAAAUUGUCGGUAUUGUUGUAACUUUCUGGAAGAUCAUAGACCCCCGGGAAAUAUUAACAUCAACGUUCUAGAUCCACGGGGAAAAUUAACUUCAACGAUCUCGAUCCAAGUGGAAGAUUAACAUCAACGUUCUAGAUCCACGUGGAAUAUCAAUAUCAACGUUCUACAUCCGUAGAGGAACUUUCUAGGUUCCAUGUGGAAAUGAAGCCACAUAUUUUAUGCUAGUUGAAAAAUAAUCCCCUCUCCCCC